UUCAGCCGGACUGGUUCAGCCCAAAGCACGUGAGUUCCCAAGUGCGCACGUGUGUUCUACCUUCUGUUUCUUUGGUGCGUUUCCUCGACUCACGACGUUUGAUCGUCUCCGGCAUCAGAAGUCGGAACGGAGGGCGAUCAUGGUGUGCCAGAAGUGCGAGAAGAAGCUAGGGAAGGUGAUUGUUCCGGACAAGUGGAAGGAGGGAGCAAGCAACACCACCGAGAGUGGAGGAAGGAAGAUCAACGAGAACAAACUCCUUUCUAAGAAGAAUAGAUGGACACCAUAUGGAAACACAAAGUGUGUAAUUUGCAAGCAACAAGUACAUCAAGAUGCAAAGUAUUGCCACACUUGUGCAUACUCUAAAGGAGUCUGUGCUAUGUGUGGGAAGCAAGUACUGGAUACAAAGCUCUACAAGCAGAGCAAUGUAUGAUGAUAGUCAAUGCGAAUCACAAUUUGGUUGUAAUUGCUUCCAGCAUUGAUGUAGAAGUUGCUGAAUGCUUGCUAAUGACUACUAGACUGCAAUGGGCCAACUUGUAAAUUGAUGAGAUGUAAUACUAACAAGUAUCUCUACUUUGUUACUUGAGUGUGCUAUUAGCUUCACUGACUUGUGUUUUAUAUAUCCUGCAUUCAAACUAAUAUAGAUUACUGCUUGAAAACUCA